AAAAGUUGUUAAAUGAAAAUGUGAAUAACAAGUGUUUGAAGAUGGGCGGUCGCUGGAGAAUUAAUUACAUCCCACAUCUCCGGCUUUCUGCAAUCUAAACGCCCACGAAUUACUCUCAGUAAACGAUGGAAAUUAAUUCCACAGAGGACUUUGCAAGCAAGUGCUAAUACGUCGUUCUUAAAAAUGAGGUUCAACAAACAAGAAUUAUUGACUCUUGCUACCCAGCCUUCACAAAAAUUUGAAAAGGAAGGAAUUUUGUACGUUCGUGAACGACAGGAAGGAUUUUUUCGCAGAACUGAGAGUACAAGUAAAAAACUAGAGAGCAAAAGACAAAAAGGAAAAACACAUAAGACCCUACGAGACUUCAGUUGCGUUACAGCCAGCACAAGUAAAGUAAGUCUAGAACGGUGGUGCAGACUAAGGGGAAAUCUACUGUUUUAUUUCAAAACGAGAGAACAGUGGUCAGAACCGCUGGGUGUAAUUAUUCUUGAGCAUUGCUCUGUUCGAGUGGAACCAGCGACGAAUCUGAUUCCUUAUGGAUUUAGUAUAGUAUUCGACGGAGGUUUAUAUCAACAAUUAGGCGCCAACUCGUCGGAAGAUAGAGACAGUUGGUUGCAGGCACUUCAGUCAGCCAGUUACGAUCACAUGCGAAGUCAGUUAUCAUCUCUAAGACAGAGGAUCGAAGCUUGCAGUGGCCACAAGCACGACACUGACAUUCAGAUGUUGCGCCUGCAACGUGGAAUCGUUACAGGUUCAUCAAGCGUUUUUAAAUUGCGCUUUGUAGAUCCUGCCGAGAUUCCAAUCUGCGAAGUCUCUUUGGCCUGUGAUAACCUACUUUGCGAUGGACAUGGCAGACCUCCUAAUCCCGUUUUGGAAGUGGAUUUUCAAACAAGUCGAUCUAAAAUGUGGAUCAAAUAUGCCAGAACUGAAGUAGUUGAGAGAAGUAGUAAUCCAGGGUUUCUAACGACUGUGAGCUUUAGAGCGAGCGAUGGUUUGAAUAUGGAUAGCAGGGUCAGAAUAACUGCGUUUGAUGUGAGAGAAAGAGUCAGUCAGACAGCAACGCCGAUUGGAAGUGCAGUUAUGAUGUUGAGUGCCAUUCAAGACACACCAAGACUGAGAAUACCUUUAAAAUCCGCCAAAUCAACGACUGUUGGAUUUUUAACUGUAAAUGUAUGGAAUUUGGAAGCAGAAGAUAAAGGAAAUAGUACUGAAAGCACUCCUUCAAGGAACGUAUUAAGUAAUAGUAGUCAGGUAAUGUGCCAUAGAAGGUCGCAGUCUUUACCUCCUAGAUUAGGUACGAAAAUUAAACUCCCACAUCAGGGCCAGUUGAAACUUCUUUUUGCCAAUCCUCAUAUCCAAACGUACAGGUUUCAUUCGGGAUUAGGAGGAGAUAUUUGUGUGCACGAAAUAAUGGCAGAGAGUAAACUCUGCUUCCAAUUUCCACAGCAAUUGCUUGGAAUUUGGAUACAAGAGGAGAAGGAAUUGUUGCAAGAAGUUGCGGGAAUGGGUGAAUUAAGGGAACCCUGGCACACAAAACAAGUAGAACUUCUCGACCGCCAUUUACAUCUUUUACAUUUAUACUCCCAGGCUAAAGAGAACUUAACUGCUUUCAAAGGAAGUUAUUUUAAGCAAUCAUCAAGAAAAAACGACAGGUCUUUGGAAUUCGCUCCUCUGAAUUUACACCUUCAGAGAAUGUGGGUUCAUAAUGAUACUCUAAAUAAAUGUGGCUUUUAUGACACGAUGAGCGUCGGUGCUUUCACUGCUCAUUCUCACAAAAACAAGAAUGGUGGCCUCAUAAGAUUAGUACAAGCUUUAAAAGAAUCUCCAACCCGCUGUAGUCAAUUAUACCAGGGAACCUCAAAAAUAACAAUGGCUCACGAUGCGAUCCAAGCAAUCAAACAAUUGCGAAGAGACGUCGUAGACGCAAUGCGCUCUCUAAUGAAAUUAGCGAAAGAGAAGCAGACCAGCGGAAUGCUUCCAAUUUGCGAGGACAUGAUCUCGAAAACGCGAAUUCUCCUUAGUCUCUGGGACCCAGGUCUCGUCGAAGAGGCCCUGACAUUCCUCGACGAGCACAAAGUCGCCAAAGUCCAAGACGAUGUAAACAAUGACGAUCCCCUUUCUCUAGAUUUCAAGGCAAACCAAAAUCUUUCUCCUUUUCGAAGAAUCACCCAGCAACUCAAUUUCGACCUGCGAAGUCCCGACUUUGACGAUUUUGUCACUCCCGAUACUCCAGAGUGUGUGCAGGAUAUUUGGGCUCGAGAAACCGCAAAAAGUAAAUACGCAACUUUUUCUAUGAAUAGCGAAAUCAAUACGAAAAAGGAAGCAACCGCAAACGAGAAUUUCGUGAUAUUCCCGGAAGUCGAUGAUGAUCCGAAAGAAUCCGCAGCGGAAGAUUUGAAAAUGAAAGAGGACAGUAAGGAGGAGGAGGAGGAGGAGGAUAAUAAUAACGAAGAUGAUGAGAAAGGAGAUAUUGAUAAAAAUGAUAUUGAUCCAAGUAAGAGGUUCUUGGACACUCAGAAAAUGUGCAAUUCACCCUCGGCUAAUUAUUACAAGCCCACUGAUGAACCCGAACCCUGGGAUAUUACUCAGCUGAAUAUAGAAGCGAGUGUGAUGUGUUUGGUUUCGAAAGUUAAAUUUCUUUGUGGACGCUGUAGUAGUCCGGCUGUGAGACUUAGGAGUAAAAACGGGAUUGGCAGAGCACCGAGUAUCAAGGGAAGCUUGCCAAAUAAUCGAAAUAUUUCGGGGGUUGUUACAAUUCAGCCGAAGAAUGGAGUUAAGAGUGAGGAGACGAGUAAAUUGUUGGAUAGUACGAAUAGUUCAAGUCGGCAGCAGAAUAGUUCUGGGUCGGAUAUAUCGACUCCGGCAUUCGCCAAAGCCAAAGAAGCCAUUGAUGUGCAAGUAGCCUAUUUGUUAGGGACAAGUGAUAUUUAUUCUAAUAAGUCUUCCGAUAAAGUGUGCCAAGCUGUGGACUCGAUGACAAGAGUCAUAAAGAGCAAUUCUAGCCAGAGAAAUAAAUUCACGGAGGGUUUAGACUUUGCGAGUAUUGUGGAUUGGACCAGCGAACUGAGGCCGAGUAUGAAAAAGUUACGUCAGGCCAUGGACGGACUUUUAAAAACUGCCAGACUCACACAUUCAGUUUUUAGAGUUCAAGAAGAUGCUAAACUCGCACAAAGGGUGUGCAAUGUUAGAUAUAGAAGGGAUGUGUGCUUUAGUCAAGCGCUAACGGCGCUGGUUUCCGGGCUUAUGGCUAAACUUUGGUGCCAAAGGCCUGAUCCUAUGUUUUUGCUGAUUUUAACAACUCUUGGUCCUCUCGUUUCGUUUGAGGGAUUAUUGAGUUAUUAUGGAGAGGAAAUCGAUAUGUGGGGCGAUAUGGCAGUUGCAGUUGAAGACAUGCACACGGUUACGUUCACUUUUACGAGAUGCGGGAUUCAUCCUAGAAUGGACAGAAAACCGAAAACUUCAUCACAAUUACCAAUACCGCGAGUAGUUGGAUCUCGCACAGCACUGACAGUUUUACUUCCAGUUCCUGAUGCAAUAUAUUCUUUGCUUCCACUAGUUCCUUCUUCCCGCCAAAGUCUCUCUUUCAAUGUGACGCCAGUCUUUUUUAAUAUUGGUAUUAAUGAAAUGGCAUCCCUAGCAGAAAGUCUUGGAACUACAAAACCACAAGAAAAGAGUAACGUUGAUAAUUUUGAUAGACUCAACGAGUACUAUCUUCGUUUUAAGAAGCUGAGCUUGCCCACGGAGCCACCAUCUACUAGAAUGGGUACUCGUUCGCCCCUGAACCAAACACUGGCAGACAUGAUGGCAAAUUUGAAAACUUGCGUUCAGACAAAAGUGAACAAAAACGUGAAUGUUUUGCAACUGUCUUCCCAAAUUUGUCGCCGAAUGCGAGGCUUAAGAUUUACUAGCUGUAAAAGUGCCAAAGAUCGUACUGGAAUGUCGAUCACUUUAGAACAGGUCAAUAUUCUCGCGGCUGAAUAUCAUCUCGCAGAACACGAAUUUAUCAGGGCACUUGAGUGCAUGCGCAGUGAGGGAUGUCGAAGAGAAAACACCUGGAAGAAUAUUGGCGUAAGAAAAUACGCAUUCAACAGUCUACAGAUCCUCACUCUUCCGAAACUUUAUCGUCCUCCAACCGGAACUUACGGUUCGGCACAAACUUGAACGAAAAAAAUUGUUGCCUAUUUGUACAAAUUAGUAAUAUAUACCUUCCCAGAAAACAAAGUAGGUCGAAUUGACUUGGAAAGUAGCAGAUCAGUCUCAAGGUGCUAAAACUCUGUUAAUUGUCUAUUUUUCUUAACCAUCGAUUGUAGUUUGUUAAAACCUUUAAUGUAAAAAAAAUGUACAGUGCCAUUCUUUCAAAUCCGAAAGCGUUGAUUGCAGUUUUUUUCUGCAAUUGAAACGAAUUUUGUAGAAUUUAGAGAAAACUUUAUUUUUAGCUAUGUAAAUAUCAAUAUGUUGAAAGACUUGUAAAAUUAUUUUGGUCUCUUAUACGUAACUUCUAUUCUGUCUAUUAUUUAUUCAAGUUGCGCUUCUUUCUUUAAUGUUUAGUUUAAAUGCUCUCAUUAUUAAUUUAGGUAUUCUUAACCAAUUUUUACCGAUACUUUGGUUUAAAGGCCUUUAAACGGUUGGCUAGAAAAGUCGGGACCGAUAUUUUCAUCCAAUUUUUGCAGCAGCCUUAGAGCCAUGUUUUACUUACCCGAUUCCUACCUUACCGACAUUUGUUCUGCAACAAGUCAAAAAAUUACCUCCCCUCAAAUUGAAAUAUCAAUUUCAAAGUUUGGGAAAUUAAAUAAAAGACACUAAGUAACGUUUGUAUGGUUCUCAAUUCCCCGAAACAGAAAGAAAAGGUAUAGCAAAAUUUUCCAGAAUGUAAUUUGUGUAGUUCUAGAAGUUUAGUUUGCGAAAAAAAUGUCGGUAACGUAGAAAUCGGAUAAGUAUAUUAAAUGGCCUCAAGAUUAGAAUUUGUAAAAUGUAGGAGUUUUGAGAUUAAAUUGGACCACAUUAAUACUCACUUCAAUAUAAAAUAUACUAAUGUAAAAGUUUCUAGAGGAUUUGAAAACAGUGUAACAUUAUCGGCACCGAAAAAAUUUAGUCGGAAUAUUCUAGAUUAUCAACUUUAAUGUAUCUUUACACUAAAAAAUAGGGCGCCUCAUUUUAUCCAAACUUUGAUGCUUUCCAUUUUAAUAAAAGUGGCUAAUUAAAGAAAAAAAAUUAUUGUAAUUAUAGACGGAAAUGUUGGUACUUAAUUUGAUGUAUGAAAUUAUAAAUAGAAGUAAAUAAAAAUGCAAUUAAACGAAAGCGCCAGCUUGGAUAAAAGAGAAGUCUUACUGCACAAUAAAUUUUUUUAUUUGAAAGUAAUCGUGUAAAAGGGAUUCUUGACCGAAAUUGUACCUCCCGUAAUUAAGAAAAAAAUAGGUUAAAUCAUCCUGCGCAAAUAAAUCGUAAAACUGCCAUGUUAAUUACACUUUCUGAAAAAUAAAUGUUUACAAUUGAA